AUGGUGGAUCGUAAACUUAUUGACAUGAUGCCCGAUCUCAUUGGCAUGGAUCAUGUCCAUUUCGACGCCUCAAUGCUCAUAAUCUACUACUGCAUUCUUUGGCAAGGCCUUUUCUUCCGUAAGCCAACAUCAUGCAAGAGCACCGACCAGUACUACGCACGGCAGGUGUUUAUCUGUUGUAAGCGAACUAUUCCAAUCUGGCAGCAAGAGGCCACUUGUACUGUCACCGAUUUCAUUGCCGCGAUGUACAUGACCCAGACAGCCACGGAGAACUUCGACUUCAGCUUGAGUUGGGAGAUGCACAAACUGGCUUGUGAAUAUGCCCAGGCAUUGCAAAUGCAUAGCCUUGAUGGCAUUGAACAUUCCGAACGUCAGCUUUCAAUGAGUGAUGACGAUCGCAGGGGCUUGUGGGGUCUCAUUCAUCUGGAUCUGUUCUUCCGUCUUAUCAACGACAAACCGGCGGCGUUCUCAUCUCAACUCAAUGACUGGAGAGUAGACAUGCCCCGGUUGACAGUGGAGCUUUCGCACGAGCGGAACGAAGCAGUCCCCACCAUGGCGUUCAUCAUCAGAAGCCGUCUGACGUUCAUUCUCAUAAAUUAUUUUCAAGUCUCGGAAGCACUGGACUGUGAAUCGGAUGUCCUGACCGCGAUUAAUCCGUUAUGCGCAGAUGUAGAGAAGAUUUUUGAUGAGUGGAAAAUCGAAAACUGGCUCGAAAGCCAUAAAGACGGGGAUAUCAAUGGUUGGGUACUUGGCGACCUGGCGCUCUCGGGUUACAUGUGCAUACUCUUCAUGCUUCGCAAAGCAUCAUUUCCCCGAGGCAACGCUCACCAGUCACUGCUGUCGGACAAUGAUGGCGUGAUCCCCAGGACUGACCUUUCAGUGAGAACAUCUCGGAGGGUUCUCAAGGUCAUUCACCACAUGAUCCACAUCUUGAAGCUACCUGGACCAGAAGCCAUGUCCCUCAUCCUCGGCAACUACCGAGCAUAUAUCGCCCAUGCCCAUUUAGCCAGUGGUCUGAUUCAUGAUCCCAUAGCAUCGACCGCCGAUGAAGAUCUACGUCUUCUACAAAAUGUAGCUGACUGUAUAGACGGUUUGGCGAAGGAGGUGAACGAGUUUUUCCCUCUGAAACGUGCCUUCGAGUUUGUCAACACCGAAGUUAGGAAGCGAGUCCAGGGAGAAACCAAUAUGGUCGAACAGAUUAUAUAA